UUGGUGCGCCGGCCACGAAUCUCAGUUACAGUUUAGCACUCAGUUGAAGAUGUUAACCCUGAACAGAUUAUUUUUUGUCACGCUUCUUUCGCUAGGAGUUUUAGAGAUUGUUACAGGAAAUCGACUGUCCGUGGAAGAAGUGCUGGCUCGAGUGAACCGGAUACCUGCAAAGUUACAAAAUGUACUGGCCCAAGUGACAAAUGAGGUGGACAUCAAGCUGCCCAGACGAGGGGAUAAUUCUACCCGUAUUGUGGGUGGUACAGCAACUUCCAUCGAGGACCAUCCCCACCAGAUUGCUCUGCUUUACAGCGGCAGACAAGUUUGUGGUGGCUCGAUCAUAUCCCAUACUUGGGUGGCUACUGCUGCACACUGUGUCGACUACUACCCCCAGAAUGAGGAUCUGACCAUUCGCGCCGGAAGUUCAUCCCGAUCGUCAGGUGGAUCAAUCCACGCGGUAUACUACUACCAUAUUCACGAAAACUACAACCCGGACGAUUAUCCCUACGAUGUGGCCACGAUCCGUGUUCGGACUCCGUUCAGUGGUGUGGCGCGCGUUAUUCCGCUGACAACCGCGGAAUGGAUCACCGGAACGGAAGCCACAGUCACCGGUUGGGGCGUGAACGCGGCAGGUCAGACGCCGGACAAUCUGUUCCGAGUGUCGCUUCCCGUGGUGGACCGCAUCACGUGUAACGAGCAGUGGAUGGGCGAGAUAACAGACGAUAUGAUUUGUGCCGGCGCCGUGGGAAUUGACGCGUGCUCCGGUGACAGCGGGGGACCGGCGGUGCAGAAUGGCGUCCUGUACGGAAUUGUGUCCUGGGGUGCCACAGCCUGUGGAAAUGGCAUGUUCGGGGUCUACACCAACAUUGCUCACCCCUCGAUUCGGGAUUUCAUUUGGCGAACUUCGAUGGUAUAGCUUUCGAAAAACAUUUUUUGAUGAAGCUAAUGCAAAGUGUUGUACUGACUAACAAUAAAUUACAAAUUACAA